ACCUCGCUCUCAACCUUCAUCACGAUCCUCUCCAAUCUCGACAUCCGCGGGCCCGAACACCUGCUUGUCUCCAACCUAAAAGACCGCGCCUUUAAGAUAGGACAGGGCACCCAAUUCGUCGUGUUCCGCGACCAAUUCUCGGCAGAAGCAGACGAUGGCUCUGGGAAGGUCGUCGAAGGCAAAGGCGUCGUGGUGAAGCGCGUACGCAUCUCCAAAGCGGCGCUGAGCGCGCAGACAGAUCUAGGUGAGAACGAGCAGUAUCUGCAGACACUGCGGCAUCUCGAGCUGGAGGUCUUGAGCCUAGGCCUUAUCAAGCAUCGGAAUAUUGUGCGGUUAACUGGCUGGGGAUACGACUACGAAGACCGGUAUACCCCGAUCCCGGUGCUCUUCAUGGAAGCUGCUCUCGCGCCGUUGACCGACUUCCUGCAGGCGGAGAAGGAGGGCGAGGGCGUGCUGGUCGGAUUGGGGAACAGGAAGUGGGACGUCAAGUAUCAGCUCGCGCUCGAUGUCGCCGUUGGUCUCGAAGCGAUUCAUGGGUUCAACAUCAUCCAUGGAGAUGUGAAGCCAGACAAUGUCCUGGUAUUCCGGCAGGAUGACCCGCAAGUGCCGUAUGUGGGCAAGCUGAGCGAUUUCGGCGUCUGCGUCGAUAUGAGAGCACCCGGGCGAAGUAUCACGCCUGAGACAUACCUUGGGACCGAGGCUUGGACGGGUAGUGAGGUAGGUCCUGGGCAGUGGAAGGAAAGAGUUCACGGAGCAUUUGAACCGGGGUUGUUGAAACACUUUGACUCGUAUAGCCUCGGGCUCCUACUCCUCUCGAUCUUCGCCACUUACGGCGAGCCUCCGAGGAUUACAAAACAACCAGGAUCUGGCAGAGCAUUCGGGCUAUUCAUGGAAAUCGAAAAGGUGUUGGAGAAGGCCACGGGGUGUCCGGACGAGAUGAUCAAGAAGCUGAAGGAAGCAGUGAAGAAGUUGCUUGCAGAGAAACCUCAGGAUCGCCCUCUCCCAUCCUCUGUUAUGCUGCAGACAGAGUUGCCCGCUUGUCAAGAAUGGCUUCGCGUAAGCACUACAGGAGCUCAGAGCGAUACAAACGUUACGAAGAGAGGGCAUUCGUACUGGUUUUCCCUGGAUAUGAACGUUCUCAAAUCACUCGACCAGCAGUACUCGCAGCAAGAGCAAGAACGGGGGAGCUCAUUCACUGGCGAAACGCUUUUUGGAAUGGCGGAAGCGCGCGCGCAGCAGCCUAUUGAAGAGCGACACGCGAAAGUGCUAAAAUAUGUCCUUGCGGCAGCGAACAAGGGACAUGUGCCAGCAAGAGCCAUUUGCGCCAGGAUAUAUGAAGCGCUGAACGCACGUCUCGAAGUUGGCGAAACGAUACUCAAGGAGUGGGAAAGGGAGGCUGUAUUGGAUGGAUUCAUGUUCGACCACCACCCGUUUGUGGAGGAGGAUGUCUAUGAAAAAGAAAGAGCGGUGUUUCGAGCGAAUGGAGGUUUCAACGAUGAUCCAUUCAUGGCGCAGAAGAAUAUCGUCGCCAUCGCUAGGGACCCGGCUCGGCUGAAGACAUGGCUUGCGUCAAACAUAUUUGACACUAUCGUGGACUCCGCUGGGAACUCCAUGAUGCAUGUCUGUGCAGCUACCGGCAGUGUUGAUUCUCUCGAGCUCCUCUUACAGCAUGCAGGAGUAGUCCCGGUCAACGAGAAGGGCGAAAACCCGCUGUACAUAGCAUGCCAGUCAGGCCAUUCGGACGUUGUUCGCCUCUUGCUCCGGAACGGCCAUCCACCAACGCCGUCUAGCCAGACCGGAGUCUCUCCAUUGCACUGGCUUUUCCUGUUUCCGCAAGGCGAUAUCGGUGGCAUUGCGGAGAGUCUAGUGAAGGCAGGCAACGACAUUAAUGCAAUGAUCAAGCCACAAAGGAAGUACGGUCGAGCACAGCGCUACCAAAUGAAGCAUUUCCCCUUCGAGUGGCCGCACGGGACCCCUUUCCAUUGGGCGGCAUUUGCGAGGAAUAGGAUCGCUAUGGAAGCCUUACUCGAGCUCGGAGCGGACGUUAACGCGACAUACGAUAAUGGACAUCAUGCCACGACGCCGCUUGCCAAAGCUGUUUACACCGGCGAUGCACCUAUGGUCGCGUAUCUGCUGGAAAAGGGCGCUGAUGUUUCGGUUACGAACAAGGCAGGCGAGAACCUCCUGCACACCAUGAGCGUGGGAGCUGGAAACGAGAACACGCUGGCUGGGGGCAAAUUUGACAGUUGGGUGCGGCAUGGAAGCUGGGUGAAGCGAGUCCAAGCCGCGAAAGAUGUUGUUCAGUUGCUGAUUCGCGCUGGAGUAAGCAUUGAGGGCAAGGCGACAACAUACGGAAAGUACACGCCUCUGCUCGCGGCUGCGGCAACGACCUUCAGGAAAGAAUAUGUCGUUGUCGCUCUUCUUGAGGCCGGCGCUGAUACGACGGUUGUGAAUGCGAGCGAGGACCUGAACGCGCUCCAUGAAUGGUGCGACAUGGAUCCAGUGGUUUUGCAGUAUCCGCACGCAUAUAGCGAGGUCCUCCAUGAUAUUGUUCGCAGAACGAAGGAUCUCGAUUUGCGCGGUGGUCCGCAGGAAGAAACGGCCUUGCACAAGCUGGUCACCCGGAACAUCCCCACGAACGAGCUACUAGACUACAUCAAGCUGCUCGUCGCCAACCCAUCGCACUGCGCAGAUAUCAAUGCCCGAGACCGCGACGGCGACACGCCUCUCAUUAAAACGUGCAAAGCAUGGCGCGAAGGCAUGCGCUACAGAAUCCAAUGCCUGCUCGACCACGGCGCGCGUCCAGACACCAUGAACGACUACCACGAGACCUUCAUCCACAGCCUCGUCGACAACUACACCCUGAUGGACGACGACUGCGCAAACAUGCUCCACCUGCUCUUCAACCACGCCUCCUUCACGCCCGAAACAACACCCCUCUUCAUCGCAGCCACCGCCCCCUCCGCCCUCGCAACCGCCUGCUCAACCGGCCGCCUAAAGACAACCACCUCCCUCCUCACCCUCGGCUUCGCCGCCCACAUAAACGCCCCCCUAACCAUCCGCGGCACCCGCACCACCGCGCUCGACGAAACCUUCUUCGCCGCCGACGCCGCGCGCCUGACCUACCUGCGCUACGCCGCCGAGCUCCUCACCCCCGACGAGCUCGCAGCCGCCGACCGCAACAACCGCCUCUACACCACCAACGCCGCCGUGCGCGGCACCUACGGCGGGCCGUCUGCGGCGCGUGCCCGCGAAGCAUAUUGGGCCUUCCCGGCUGUCCUCAAGCUCCUCCAGGCCCACGGCGCGAAACGC